AUGAACACCGCUGCUAUUAUUCCAGACUUUCAUGGUUUCGAAUGGGACGUAACGCCUUUUUCGCCCGAGUCGACGUUCGAUAAUAUCCUGAGUCAAUUCGAGCAGGACCCUGUCUUCCUCAAUCCCUUGUGUCAGGGACCUGGCUGUCAUAUUGGACAAAACUCACCCAUCCCAAAGCUACCCCUCACCCACCUCCCACUAAACCCCUCUUCUAGUGAGCUGCACAAAAAGGAAAAAGGGUCCUCUUGUAUCACCAAUAACCGUAUUGGGAAUGAUGGCCUACGUAUGCAAAUCGGAGAGGGCAUGCAGUCGAAGCAUCCCAUCCAACACCUCGAUUCAUCCUGGGUCGAUAUGAGCCAGGCAAAAGCCCUGCCGCCAGCACUGACUGCGGGGCUUUUGGAGCGACGCAACUCAACAAUGAGCACUGAAGGAAGCAUUUUGGGCCUGGAGAAAUCUGCCACGCAUGUAAAGAUGCGCUCGGCAUCACGCAGGCCAAAGAAGGUCAGCAAGAAACCCGCACUACCUGCGCACGUCGUACAAGCUAGGGAGUGCCAUAACAAUGUUGAGAAGCAGUACCGCACCCGCUUGAAGCAGAAAUUUGAGCGACUGUUGGCUGUGCUCCAAGCUUCAAAGACGAAGGACGAGUCCGGAGGCGAAGGAGACGCGGAAGCACCGGACUGCGGUUACAGUCGAGGGGAGGUGUUGAAUUUCGCGAGGCAGCGCAUCCUCACCCUCGAGGAGGAGAACAGACAUCUUUCUGAUCAGGUACAGAAUCUGAAAGGGGGUUUUACGAUUGUAUAA